UUUUUCUUUAUUAAACAAGAAACGCAACUAAAUAUAAUAAAUUACGAUUAUUUUUCACAAUUUUGAAACAUGAAUUCUCAAUCAUAUGAUGAAUCUUUCAAACAUAAAAGUGAACAGGUCCCCACGAGUUCAAAAUAUCAAGUAACAAGUUCAGAACAAAAAUCACUUGAAGAGGAGCAGCCUUAUUUAUCAGGAAGAUCGCUUUGUGUUUCACCUUUACCAAAAACUCUGUCGCCAAUGGAUUUAGUAAAUUUUUUUCGACGAUUUGGAACAGUUAAAAGACAACGUUUUGGACAGGAUUUCUUUUGGAUUGAAUAUACUGAAAGGAAUCCUACUAAUAUUUUAAUGAGCAGAACAAAUUGGCUACCAAAUGAAAAAUUAUGUAUGAGAAGACUGAGGAGAAGUGAAACGCAACUACAAAAACCUACUAAUUUAGAGCCACAACAACAAAAUGACACUGUUCGAAAAAAAAAAAGAUUUGAGAAUAAAACUGAAGAAGAAGAAGAAGAUCCAAUAGGUUACGAUCGUAUAAAAGAUGUUAUUGAAAACGAAGUGACAUUUGACAACCAAUUAGCAGCACUUUUAAAUGCAGUACAACUUACUGAAGUUGAAUUGACAACAAGAUAUAAUGUCAUUUGUUCUCAUUUAGAUGAAAUAUUCAGAUCGAUUUUCCCAGAAUGUCGGACAUACAGAUUUGGUUCAACAGUGGCGCAAUUAAGCUUUAAAGAAAGUGACUUAGAUAUCUACAUGUACGUCGGUAAAAUCGGUUUGCCGCCAAAUUAUUAUAAACCGGAUAUGCCAUCGCAUAUAUGGACGACAAUGGUUUUCAAGAAAGUGAGAAGAAUUAUGUAUAAUUUGAAAUCUGUAUUUACCAACAUAAUAUCAAUCCCUAAAGCGAAAACACCUAUUAUAAAAUUCCGUUAUAUACCGACUAAUGUCUCCUGCGAUAUUUCCUUCAAAAAUGGCCUAGGCAUCUAUAAAAGUGACUUUUUACGAUAUUGUGCAUUACACGAUCCUCGAUUAAGACCACUAAUGCUGCUCAUCAAGUAUUGGGCGAGGCAUUUCGGAAUUUCGGGUAGUGGAAGAAUUUCUAGUUAUGGAUUAGUAUGUCUAAUUAUUUUUUACCUUCAGCAAGAAUCGAUUAGUCUCCUUCCGCCUUUACUACACCUUCAGAGAAAUUGUAUCCCACAGAUUUUGAAUGGCUGGCAAGUAAAUUUUGAUGAAAAUACUGUGUUACCAGCUAUUACCAACAGCAGUAAUAUUGCAACACUGCUUCACAAUUUCUUUACCUUUUACGGUGAAUUUAAUUUUACUGCAUGUGUGCUAUGUUUAUUGGACGGAAAAACAUAUUCAUUGCCUGAUUUCGCACAGUUAGAUAAAUUACCCAAUUACAUGGACAGAUAUAAAAGUUACAUCAUGGAUAAUAAUACUAAGAAAUUGGAUAUUUAUAAGCCAAUAUGUGUGCAGGAUCCAAUUGAACUUAAUCAAAAUACAGCCGCAAAUACGUCAGAUCGUGCAUUAUUAGCAUUUCAACAUUGCUGCAAAUUUAGCGCUGACGUCUGUUCAACGGCUAGUGAAAAUAAUUACAAUUAUUUAAUAAAGAUGUUAUUCACUUCAAUACCUCCUCAAUUGAAACAGUUAAAAAAGAAAAAGAAGAAUUUCAGAAAUGUAAUAAAGGCGGGUCGUUUUCUUCAUGCUGGAUUACCAGAAGAUUUUGAUACACGUACAGAUAUUACUAAUAAAGAGCAAUAUAAGAAAGAUAAUUGGUAUUUCAUCACUUUUAAUCUAAUAAGAGAUAUCUUUGAAAAGAUUUUUAAGUUGCAAGUUGAGGUGCUUCUUGAUCAAGAAACGAAACAACAAAAAGUUGAAGUAUUAUCUGAUGUACACACCAAAAGUUAUCAAAAAGUAACGUUUCGCUGCACAGGGAAUAAAUGUGUGUGGUACAAUAGAAAGAAAAAUGGUAGAACUCUUUUGGAUCUUCAAUUAAGUCUUCUGGAGAAAGAAGCAAUUAUGUCAGAUAAAGUAGUGGAGCAAUUAAAAGAACAUGAUGAAGCAAACAACAUAAAGCUAAAUUUUAUAUGUACGUUAGAAAAGGCGGAUAACCCUGUAGCGGUGGUUAUAUUGCUGAACGAUGAGGACAGUCAAAGUUACAUUUUUCGACAAUUUGAGUGUUUCGUAAAUAGUUGGAUACCAAAAAUAAUAAACAAAACAUUGCUACACAUGCUGCAGUACAAGAAAACCUAUGAUCAACUGCUAUGCCACCAGUCAUGA